AAAAAAACUAAAAAAGAAGAAAUAGAAAAAAUGAGGAAAGUGGAGCACACGCGCAGCUGUGAACGGUGGAGAGAGAUGCAACGUGGAACUACGCGCAAUUGGGUACAGCUUUCAACUCCCAUUCCAAACGAUCGAUACGGCCGAUGAUUUUCACAUGUUCCGACAGAAUUCAAUGCAACACCCCUAUUUCCUCGACCCCCAAUAUUGAAAAACCAGCAAGCGCCCAUGGCGGCUCUCCGCUGCCUUCACCGUCCCCACAUUUCUUUGAAACUUGCUCGAGGCUUUUUGGGAACAAUAUUGCCUGGCAAGUCUCCUCUACUAAAUAUGUACAAUUUUCGGUCAAUUAGUAAAACCGGAGAAACUUUGUGGAAGCCAAGAUUCAUAUCUACUAAGGGAUCCUUCAAACUUGUGCAAACAACUUACCGAAUCUUACCUACGGGGGCAAAAAUGGAAAAUAAAGAAAUACCUUCUGAUUUUUUAAGAGACAAAAUGAUGGUUCCUAAUUCGGAUCCUCCCGAAGUUGGAGAUAUUGAUCGUUUGCAUCAAUUCUUUGAUAGAAGCUCGAAGCUCGUUGUCUUGACAGGAGCUGGGAUAAGCACAGAGAGCGGAAUUCCUGAUUACAGAAGCCCAAACGGAGCUUACAGUACCGGUUUCCGGCCGAUUACUCAUCAGGAAUUUAUUCGUUACAGCAGGGCCAGAAGACGGUAUUGGGCUAGGAGCUAUGCCGGAUGGAGAAGAUUCAAUGCAGCACAACCGGGUCCCGCCCAUAUCGCGUUAGCUUCUCUCGAGAAAGCUGGCCGUAUAGAUUUUAUGAUGACUCAAAAUGUAGACAGGCUACACCAUCGUGCUGGCAGUAAUCCUCUUGAGUUGCAUGGAACUGUCUACGUAGUUGCUUGUACAGAAUGUGGUUUUUCUCUUCCUCGAAGUUCGUUUCAGGAUCAAGUGAAGUCUCUUAAUCCGAAGUGGGCGGAAGCAAUCGAGAGCCUAGAUUACGAUAGCCGUUCAGACAAGAGCUUCGGAAUGAAGCAAAGGCCAGAUGGCGAUAUCGAGAUUGAUGAAAAAUUCUGGGAAGAGGAAUUCCAUAUUCCCACUUGCGACAAGUGUAAUGGAGUACUCAAACCUGAUGUAGUAUUUUUUGGAGACAAUGUGCCAAAGGGUAGGGCUGACAGGGCGAUGAAAGCAGCAAAAGAAUGCGAUGCUUUCCUUGUACUAGGUUCCGCAUUGAUGACCAUGUCUGCUUUUCGACUCAUCAAGGCCGCUCACGAGGGUGGUGCUGCUACUGCAAUUGUAAAUAUUGGUGCCACCAGAGCUGAUGAUUUUGUUCCUUUAAAAAUUCAAGCUAGACUGGGCGAGAUAUUACCGAGAUUGCUUUCGGUUGGAUCCCUUUCUCUCCCCGUUGUCUAGUGAUCUUGAAAGGAUGUAUACGAUGAUCUUUUGUACGAUUUCAAGGUAAAAAUAUGUAUCUUGUUUUCCAAUGCAAAAUUGUAAAAACAUAUUAAUUAAUUGAUUAAUUAAUUAAGUGAAUGUUUUAAUUGGAGUUGCUUUCUGAGUAAUCAGCAUCAUGCAUGAACAGACUACUUAGUCGGCCAAAGGCCAAUUCAUUACAUUAACGUUAGAAAAGGUACACUAGUAGUGUACGUUUUUGUACAGCCAUUGUUGGAAUUUUAUGCCUAAGUUUUGAUUUGUUUGUUA